AUGGAUAAUGAUACUCCGAAAUGGAACAAUCGUAUACCUGUUUCGAAGCAAGAGCCUGAUGGUGCGUGGAGCAAUUUAUUGGAGUUUGAGGCUCUGAUGCAAGGCAAAUCGCCGGAAAGCGGAUUAGAUGUGGUGGAUAUAGGUGAUGGACAUGAUGGGGACGAACGAACAGAGAACGGGAACAAUAGAAAGGCCGACCGCAUGGCGCAACGCUCAAGUCCAGAACAAAGCAAUGGGUAG